GCCUCACGAGACUGGGUGCCCAUCGCCACAGGCGGUGACUUCAACAGCUCCGCAGAGCUGAAACAUAGACGGUCACCGUGGCAGCCGGCAAGUAGAGAGCAUUUCUGUUGUAUAACGGGAUUCCGGGGAACUUACCUGGCAUAAUUAUAACUAAAGACAUUGGUUAACAACGGAUAUCUGCUACUUUGAUUACUCUAUCCUCAGAAUGACAAGGAAAACAGAGGCAGUUUCGGGCUCUUGACAAACUUGGAGAUAGCUAACUUAGCUUAAAGCAAAAAACAAAGUAACGUUAGCAUAACGCUCGUUGUUUCCUUGUCCGUUGGUGACACAGUAACGGUUAACUUAUCACCAGGCAACCAUUAACACCAUCAGAAGCUCACAGAUCUGAACUAUCCAAGCUAUCUAACGUGGCUCACGUUAAUACAGAACCAACUUCGUUGAUUUUGAAUCAAAGGGAUUUUUUUUUUUUUACCUCAACGGGAAUAAACAUUGGAUAUUAACUUGUCUUUACCUAGCUAUAUCAAGUUGCCAGGAACAAUAGCCUCGCUGUACGUUCUGUAUUUGAAAGGGUUUACAGCAUGUGUCAUCACCAGGACCUGAAUGGCCUCCGUUGUUGCAGUGAAAACUGAGAAGCGACCUGCAGCUGAUUCUCAGGAUGCAGACUCCAAUGCAAAAAAGCCAAGGAAACUGCUGCCCAGCCUGAAGACCAAGCGAGCCCCCGAGCUUGUCCUGGUGAUUGGAACGGGGGUGAGCUCCGCAGUGGCCCCGCAGGUCCCUGCACUCCGCUCCUGGAAAGGCCUCAUCCAGGCCUUGCUUGAUGCAGCAAAUGACUUUGACCUACUAGAAGAGGAGGAGAGUCGGCGUUUCCAGAAACACAUGCAGGAAGAUAAGAAUUUGGUGCAUGUGGCCCAUGACCUCAUUCAGAAACUUUCCCCGAGAACAGGCAAUGUCCGAUCCACGUUCUUCAAGGAUUGUCUAUACGAGGUGUUUGACGAUUUGGAGUGUAAGAUGGAGCAUGCGGGGAAACAUCUACUGCGCUCAGUGCUGCAACUGAUGGAGAGUGGUGCGCUGGUCCUCACUACUAACUUUGACAACCUGUUGGAAAUCUACGCAGCUCACCAGGGUACCAAGCUGGAAUCUUUGGACCUUACGGAUGAGAAGAAGGUGUUGGAGUGGGCUCAGGAGAAACGGAGGUUAAGUGUUCUGCAUAUCCAUGGUGUUUACACCAACCCCAGUGGUAUUGUACUGCACCCUGCAGGCUACCAGAAUGUACUGAGGAAUACUGAAGUCAUGCGUGAGAUCCAGAAGCUGUAUGAGACCAAAUCGUUCGUGUUUCUCGGCUGCGGGCGCACAGUAGACGACACAACCUUCCAGGCUCUGUUCUUGGAGGCCGUCAAGCACAAGUCGGACCUGGAGCACUUCAUGCUCGUACGGCGAGAGGACGUGGGUGAGUUCAAGAAACUGCGCGACAACAUGCUGGACAAGGGCAUCAAGGUCAUCUCCUAUGGAGACGAGUACGGCGACCUGCCAGAGUACUUUGAGAGGCUGGCCAACGAGAUCUGCAACCGUGAUGUGUCUACCAACGGCUGGGGGUCUCCUUCACAAAAUGGGGAAGAACAGCAGAAUGGCUUUAACACACAGAAAAGCCUCCUUCAAGACCAUCACUCAUGACAGGCACACAGUCGGGAUCAAUAUCAGUCAUUUUGCUCCACAGCUCCGUCAUGAGAUCAGUGUACUUUGAGCGGUACUUGAAUCUGAUUUCAGACAAUGGAUUUAGGAAAACUGUGGGCCAUGGGAGACCUUAAAGCAGUGUUUCAAAGGUGUAUGUUUUUCCUCUUUUAGUUCUGGUUUUAAAGGGAAAGGAGAAGUUUAAAAUAACCGUCAACUCCAAUACCCAACCUCAAAGUUCAACUGCACUGGAUUGAAAUGUUGGGACAGUACAGUCAAAGAACGUUAAGAAUAUGCACAUGAUGGUAUGGUUUGUUCUCAUCUCAACCUCACAAAAAUAGAUCCGAAUCCACUGACAGUUUACUGUGCUGCAUUGAUUGACUGUUUGGAGUAUAGUUAUGCAAAGAAACUGCAUCACCUUGACCUACUUGCCCUGUAAGAGAAGUUGUAGCUGUAACGCACAUUACAUGCUCUUAACUGAACGCAAUCCUGUGUUAUGUCCAGAUUGUAUCUAUCAUGCCUCCAACCUGAAACCAGUAAAACUUGAUUUGCACACUACUGGAUGGGUGGAAAAAAUUCUCAGUGAUGGUUACUUGGUUUGCAAACACAUUGUUAUGAUUGUUUGCAAAAGUUCAGGAGUAUGUUUUCAUAGCAGAGAGGCUCCCAGCCAGUAGCAAUCACUUUGCCACUCCUGUGCUGAAAAAUGUUCUUUGUAAGCCUUUUUUUUUUGUAUUUUUAAUACUUGCAUGUGUUUUCUGAUAUAGUAUUUAUAAGUACUAUUUUCAAAAUAAAGCUUUUGUCCUAAAAAAAAAAUAAAGCUUAUCCCAUUUGUCCUGUCCUGUUUGCAUGUCUAAUUAUGAUCAUACCGAAGCGAUCUGUACAGACCAUGUGCCUUUGCAACGUGUGACAACAAGUUCCACUUCAAAGGCUGUCAUAGCAUAUAGCAGCUUUAUUUAGAAAUGUUUACAUUCUCAUAAAUAAGCUCAAAUUGUCUUGAUUCUCUCAUAUUGCAUUACCACACAUUAAAGGGGGCUAGAGAUAUUUAAGACUUAUAAUUCCUCUUGUAAAUGAAGAGUAAAUCGGGGGGGGGGGG